AAGCAUUUAUCGACACAUAGUCGACCAUUCAAAUGUGGUGUUGAGAACUGCACAAACACAAAUGGCUUUGCGACAUCUAACGAUUUGGACAGACACCAAAAAGAUGUCCAUUUCAUGAAGCCGAAGCAUGGACCCCAGUCAUUUUACAGAUGUGCGAUGCCAACUUGUUCCAAGAGGGACAAGGUAUGGUCUCGGAAAGACAAUUUCAAGUCGCAUAUCAAUCGAAUGCAUAAGGAUGUAGACAUGGAUAUCAACCAGCUCGUCGCAAGGUCGGAGAUGAUACCCACACCAGCUGAAAUGCAACAACUGGCUCGUGCCAAGUGUGAUCAAGCGCUGAACAGAAGAACAAAGCAACGCGGCAACAAUCAGCCAAAGCUAGGAACCACUCACCUAUGGCAGACGGGUGUCGCAGAUGACAUAGAAAACAAU